UUGGAGCUAAUUUAGACAUCGCAGACCGCCACCAUCUAUACCUCCUUCACAACCCCCACACACCCACGCGCGUCGUCUUUUCAUUUCUCAUUAUUAUUAUUAUUAUAUAAAUUAAUAUUCACUCUUCCCUUUUCUCUGUAAAACCCUAAUUGUCGAAUUCUCUCCUUUCUCUCUCUAAUUUUUUUUCAAAAACUCUCUCCCUCUCUAGAAUCUUUUCGAUCAUUUCGCAAAUCGAUCGGUUACUUCAGUUACUCUUUAAACCCAAACUUGAAUUCCACUGUUAAUUUCUCAAGAUCUGUUGUUAACUUUUUUUUUUAAUUGAGAAAUCGAGGGUUUUUGAUUGAUUGAUCGAUUGAUUAAGGCUGGCUGUUCAUUGGGUCAGGUGAAUGGCGGAUCCGCCGACUGAUUUUAUAAUUGAUAGGGCUACAGUGUGGCGAGGAAAGUGAAGUGUAACCAAGACUUUGAAGAAGAAAAUAAAAGCAUGCUGAGCGUGAUACGUGUGCAUCUUCCAUCGGAUAUUCCUAUUGUUGGUUGUGAGUUAACGCCGUAUGUUCUUUUACGGCGACCGGAUACGAAUGCUACUACCGAUGACGUCCCCGAGUCUGCCCCUCUUGACGGUCAUUUCUUGAGAUACAAGUGGUAUCGGAUACAAAGUGAUAGAAAAGUUGCUAUAUGUAGUGUACAUCCAUCUGAGCAAGCCACACUGCAGUGUCUAGGUUGUGUUAAGGCCAAAAUACCUGUUGCCAAAAGUUACCAUUGCUCUCCCAAGUGCUUCUCUGAUGCAUGGCAGCAUCAUCGAGUUCUACAUGACCGUGCUGCAAGUGCUAUAAAUGAAAAUGGAAACGAAGAAGAAGAGUUGUUUGGGCGUUUCAAUAGCUCAGGAUCUGGAGGUAUUAAUACUAGUUUAUCUGGUUCCGCAUCUAGUGCUAGCUUGACAAAUGGUUCCACACCGUUGUAUCCUGCGGCUGUGACGCAAAGGAGUGGUGGUGAAACCUGGUUUGAAGUUGGGCGUUCUAAAACAUACACACCAUCAGCUGAUGAUAUUGGUCAUGUUCUCAAGUUUGAAUGUGUUGUGGUAGAUGCAGAAACUAAACUCCCUGUAGGACAUUCAAACACACUACUAACUUCCCGUGUCAUCCCAGCCCCCUCUCCAACUCCUCGUCGUUUGAUCUCAGUUAGUGGACUUGAUGCAAUGGCACCUUUAGAUUCAGAUGGUCGUAUCUCAUCAUCAGGAACUUUUACUGUGCUCUCAUACAACAUUUUAUCUGAUGUGUAUGCUACAAAUGACACAUACAGUUAUUGUCCUUCAUGGGCUCUUUCUUGGCCAUAUCGUCGACAGAACUUACUGAGGGAAAUAGUUGGCUAUCGUGCAGACAUUGUUUGCCUUCAGGAGGUACAAAGUGAUCAUUAUGAGGAAUUUUUCGCCCCUGAGCUGGACAAGCAUGGUUAUCAAGCCCUGUAUAAGAGAAAAACCAAUGAGGUUUACAAUGUAAAUACUCAUACAAUUGAUGGUUGUGCAACAUUUUUUCGCAGAGAUAGGUUUUCGCAUGUCAAAAAAUAUGAGGUUGAAUUUAAUAAGGCUGCUCAGUCUUUGACUGAUGCAUUGGUUCCAAGUGCUCAAAGAAAAACUGCUUUAAAUCGAUUAGUUAAGGAUAAUGUUGCAUUAAUAGUUGUUCUGGAUGCAAAAUUUAGUAAUCAAGGAGCUGAUAAUCCUGGAAAGCGGCAGCUACUUUGUGUUGCAAAUACGCAUAUAAAUGUCCACCAGGAUUUAAAGGAUGUCAAGCUUUGGCAGGUCCUUACUCUCUUGAAAGGAUUGGAGAAAAUAGCUGCUAGUGCUGACAUUCCUAUGUUGGUGUGUGGAGAUUUCAAUUCAGUUCCUGGAAGUGCACCUCAUUCUCUUCUAGCCAUGGGUAAGGUGGAUCAGUUGCACCCGGAUUUGGUAGUAGAUCCUCUUGGAAUCUUACGGCCUCACAGCAAGCUUACACAUCAGCUGCCACUGGUCAGUGCAUACUCAUCAUUUGCAAGAGUGGGUGUUGGUCUUGGUUCGGAUCAGCAGAGGAGGAGAAUGGAUGCCACAACAAAUGAACCCUUAUUUACAAACUGCACUCGAGACUUCAUUGGCACCCUAGAUUACAUAUUUUACACAGCGGACUCUUUAACGGUGGAGUCAUUGUUGGAACUCCUGGAUGAGGAAAGCUUGAGGAAAGACACGGCCCUUCCAUCUCCAGAGUGGUCCUCUGAUCAUAUAGCACUUCUCGCUGAAUUUCGCUGCAAGCCUAGACCAAGACGUUAACACUACAGGAUCGAUUAGUUAACGCAAGUUGCUGCUGAUGUGGGCAGGAUUAGAGAUCCCAAGGCAAUCAAUGACCUGGAGAUACGGAUGGAUUUAUGUGUCAUUGUAAGAAUGGUAGAUCAUGGUCACUAUGUUCUAUUCCAGAUGUCUCCCAGUGGGGAUCCUUGGUAUGAUCUGCUUUGUAUCAUUUCACCUUUGCUCUCAUAGAAAAGUUAUGCCUUAUUCAAUCACUUUUUUCUUUGCUAAUAGAAUGAUGUGCGGCUUAGUCUGUCAUUAUCCUGUACUCUUAAGUUCCCUGCAAAGCAAGUGGUUAGUGGCAUGCUAUUGCGUAUUGCCCCUUAGUUUUUUUUUUGGGUUUAAUGGUGGUCCUCUCUUUGUUCACGAUUCUUUCUUUUACUCUGGUUGCUGAAAGGAAUAAAAUUCUCGAGUUUUCAGCUGUUUGUU